UAUUAUAUUUGGUUCAUUUUAAGUAAAAGAAGUAUAGCCUUUAAUGUACAAGUACACAUUUUAAAAAACACAAUGGAAUAUUUCUUAGACUAGAACAUGUACAUCUAAGGCCAGUUUUUCUGUAUGUAACUGUUUGAUAUUGUUAGUGUUAAGGCAUCUCCAAAACAUUGAAAGCCUUGUUAGCACUUAAAUAGUGAAUCAGUUAAAGCUUCCCCCUCAUUUUGCAUUUUGAACUGUAAAUAAUAUUUCUAUCUACAGAGCAGCCCAGAAAACUAAAAAUCUCACAGAACCCUAGUCUCUUGAAAUCUCUGCAGUUGUUUAGCACUCAAGUAAGCCUAUGUUUCUGAGACAGUAUUUCAGGUAAAAACAAAAACAGAAGGAAAAUGAUUUUUUUAUGUAUUUGCAACCACUGUAAGUAGCAACUAUGUUUCUAGUUAAAGUAGGAUGUCAGCUAAGGAUAAAAAAAUGUUCAGGAUGGGGACUACAAAAGUGAAUAGGUGUUAUGGUCAUGUUCAGGUUCAUUGAAUGUUCAUUGUAACAUGAUUCUUACAGACAGUGAAACUUGGAAGUUGGUGAGGGUUCAGCUAAGCAGUGGGACUGAGCACAUAUAUAUAUGGUUUAACAAGAAUGAAGGUCAGUAAGUGGCAAGACAGAUAAAUGAGAUAAAUGGUUCUUACUGAGCUUCCACUUGGACAUAGUGACACAUACCUUUAAUCCCAUCACUUGAGAGGCUGAAGCAGGAGUGCCUACCAGGCUGGGCUACAGAGUGAACGCUUAUCUCAGACUAACAAAAAGUGAAAUUGAAAGCCUGGAGAUUAAUUUUUUUUAAAGAUUUAUUUUAGUUGUUAUUUAUACAGUAUUCUGCCUGCAUGUGUGCUGGCAGGCCAGAAGAGGACACUAGAUCUUAUUGUAGAUGGUUAUGUGCCACCAUAUGGUUGCUGGGAAUUGAACUCAGGACCUUUGGAAGAACAGCCAGUGCUGUUAACCUUUGAGCCAUUUUGCCAGCCCCUGUAAGAUUACAUGUGUAAUCUUAGCAUUCUGUCACUUGGGAGGCUGAAGUAGGAAGAUGAUGAGUUUGAGGUCAGUCUAGGUUACACUCACAAAGUGUCUGAAGCAAGUCAGGGCAGCUACUUUGAGGAAACAUAACAGUCCUACCCACCCCAAUCAGUCUAUGAAGAAAUUGUAGACUAAGAAGAUGAAAGAAGUUGGAACAUCUUGUUGGAGAAAAAAAAUGAGGGAGUGAAACAGGGUAAGUUUGUGACAAGAAUCUUAACAGCUUUAGCACACAAAGGAAAACCAAUCUGUUCCUUUUGGUUGUGGGUGGUUGUGGUUCUGUGCAUGCAUGUACAUGCAGGUUUGUAUAUGUAGAGGUAAAGAACAGCUUUUGGUGUUGUCUCCCUGACCAGUGACCUGGCAUUUAUCUGCCUUUGUCUGUGCAGGCUGGCAUUAUAAGUGUGUACCACUGUGGGUAACGUUUUUUUACAUGGGUUCCUUGUGCUUGUAAGAAAACACGUUAGCAAUGAAGUUACUGCUCCAGCUGUUUGUUUUAUACCGGUCUUGGAACUCUUGACUCAAGCAGUUCUCUUACCUUAGCUUCCCAAGUUCUGGGACAACUAGCAUGUACCAUUGUUCUACUCUGUUCUUUUGGGUUUAAAUGAUCACUUACUAGUAGCUGCUUGGGUAAAAAUGGGAAGAAAGGAUUAUUGAGGACAAAGAGGAAAGUCAUUUUUAAAAAACUAAUGUUUAUAUCAUGUUUUUGUUUUAGCUGAGUCAAAGGCAUGAGAAAGUAACAUUUAGUAUAGUCAAUUGAAUAAAUGUCUUAUCUUGUUCCUUAACAUUGGCCAGAGAAAGAACUUAACUUCUUUUUUUUGUAGAAAACACUCUCUCUAUUGACCCAUAUGUUCUAAUUUAGUUGUGAACCAUGUACAACUGAUGUUUGACCUAUUUGAAUCAACGUGAAAAGAAUUUAACCAACUGCCCUUGCUGAAUCUUUUGUCCUGUUUCAAGAAUAUGACAGGGUCUCACUAUAUAGCCCUGGUAGCCUGGAACAGAAUUGGGAGUGUUGGGAUUAAAGUUGUUGAUCACAUAGCAUGGUCAUCCACUCACAGCUUAAAAAAAUACAGGGAGCAUCGGAGAGAAUGGACAGGGUUUCUCUGUGUAGCCUUGGGUGUCCUGGACUCGCUUUGUAGACCAGGUUGGCCUGGAACUCACAGAGAUUCACCUGCUUCUGCCUCCUGAGUGCUGUGAUUGCAGGUGUGUGCCACCAUGCCCAGCCUUAAUGCAGUUUUUUUAAAGCAAAAAUGAGCACCCUAUUAGAUGACAUGUUUGAUUAAUGAAACUUCUGUAAAUUUUAACAUUAUUGUAAGACCUCACGAAUAUCUAUGAACCAUGUUUUACAAUUGUCUGAACUGACAAUACUACUUCAUUACCAAAAAGCUUAGAUAGCAGGGUAAUUCCUAGAUUUGUAAGUACCUCUCACCCCCUAAAAAUUCAUCACUUUUAAAGUUCUUAACAUAAUCACAGUAGAGUUUUAAACUAAGUGGUUUUUUUUUUUCCUCCCUCCUCCCAGGAUCAAAAAGGGUCUACCUUAUUUUUCCUUUCUGGUGUGAGCUUUUUCUAGUUUGGUUCUGAUAUGAGACACUCACUAGUCUUCUUUGAAGCAUUUCUCACAUAGACCUAGAGCUCCAGUCUUGGGCUUUAAUUAUCUUCAGUUACAUUUUUCUGUAGGCUUGUAUUUGUUAAGUCAGUAUUGUUAAAAAAAAAAAAAACAAACAAAAACAAACAAAACACCAAAUCAAGCGAACACUCUGAUUUUGUUCACUUUUGUUUUCAUAUACAAGAAACUUUACAGUCAACAUGUACUUCUAGGUGCUGUAUUGAAAUUGCUGGCAGAGUCUAUUCUAUACAAACUGAACAAUCUGGCCCCUUGUUUUAUUUGUAAAGGUUCAAUGUAUCUAUGCCUGCCUACUUCAAUCUGCAAGGGAGUUUCAGAAAGGCCCCGCAUUCGCCGAGCCGAGAUACUACUCGUCAACGAAUCAAAUUCAGCGAUGACAGAGUAUGCAAGAGCCACCUUCUCAACUGUUGCCCCCACGAUGUCUUAUCUGGAACUAGAAUGGAUCUUGGAGAAUGCCUGAAAGUCCAUGACCUGGCUUUAAGAGCAGAUUAUGAAAUUGCAUCCAAAGAACAGGACUUUUUCUUUGAACUUGAUGCCAUGGAUCAUCUGCAGUCCUUCAUUGCAGAUUGUGAUCGAAGAACAGAAGUGUCGAAAAAAAGAUUAGCAGAAACUCAAGAAGAGAUAAGUGCUGAAGUGGCAGCAAAGGCUGAGCGUGUUCAUGAGCUAAAUGAAGAAAUAGGUAAAUUGUUGGCCAAAGUGGAACAACUAGGAGCUGAAGGAAAUGUGGAAGAAUCUCAGAAAGUUAUGGAUGAAGUAGAAAAGGCACGGGCAAAGAAAAGAGAAGCAGAGGAAGUUUAUCGGAAUUCUAUGCCAGCUUCCAGUUUCCAACAGCAGAAACUUCGUGUCUGUGAAGUCUGUUCUGCAUAUUUGGGUCUUCAUGAUAAUGACAGGAGACUUGCUGAUCAUUUUGGGGGUAAAUUGCACCUGGGAUUUAUUGAAAUAAGAGAGAAGCUUGAAGAACUAAAGAGAGUUGUAGCUGAGAAGCAGGAGAAGAGAAACCAGGAGCGCCUGAAACGAAGAGAAGAGAGGGAGAGAGAAGAACGGGAGAAACUGAGGAGGUCCCGCUCACAUAGCAAGAAUCCCAAAAGAUCUAGAUCCAGAGAGCAUCGUAGACACCGAUCUCGCUCUAUGUCACGAGAACGCAAGAGGAGGACUCGAUCCAAGUCUCGGGAGAAACGCCAUCGCCACAGGUCCAGGUCCAGCAGCCGCAGCCGCAGCCGCAGCCAUCAGAGAAGUCGGCACAGUUCAAGAGAUAGGAGCAGAGAAAGAUCCAAGAGGAGAUCCUCAAAAGAAAGAUUCAGAGACCAAGACUUAGCAUCACGUGACAGAGACAGGAGUUCAAGAGACAGAUCACCUCGUGACCGAGAUCGAAAAGAUAAGAAGCGGUCCUAUGAGAGUGCUAAUGGCAGAUCAGAAGACAGGAGGAGCUCUGAAGAGCGUGAAGCAGGGGAGAUCUAACUAGCUGUGUAUAUAUCUGCGAUCUUUAAGCUUCCUAUGGAGUUACAUGCUUUCGUUUAGUGUACAGCUGUCAGAGUGACAGUGAACAGUUCUAGACACCAAUCCAGUCAGGCUAGAUGUAUCUAAUGAUCUGAACCGAACCUGUUUUCCUUGAUAGAGCCUAAAACUACAUCCAUAGUUUCUGGUGAACUGAACAUACAGUUUGAUAAAAUAAGACGCUGAUCUCUAUUCUUUCCAGUAGGAGUGAUAGUGAACGGAUUGUGUUAAUACCUUGAAGUCUUUGAGCAUUUGUGAAAUACUGUCUUCCUUUCUAUUCCAAAUAGCAGCAGCUUUAAGAGUUUUUUUCUUUAUUAUUCCUUUUCCUUUGACUUUUCUAUCUUAUAAUACCUGUGCCUCCAACUGUAAGAGAAAAGGGGGCAGGGAAGCAAUAUAACUUUUGUUCUAAGAUUCUGUUCAUGUCAAUUACUAGUUGAUUACAGUUGAGCAUUUCUACUGGAUUGCAUGCUGAAGAAAUUUAAAUAUGGGGCUGUUGUUUGUGGCCUGUUAGGGUUGAAAGUUGAACAGCUAUUGCAUUACAUACUUUUGCUUUUUUAUUGAAACAUUUGAAAUCAGACUUGUCUUGAUUUUUCUGUUCUAUUAAACUGCUCAGUGUAUUGAGGGGGAAUGGGGCAGGGACUGUUAAAUAAGCACAUGUGUGUGUGUGUGUGUACGCGCGCGCGUGUGCGCGUGCGUGCGUAUAUGUGUGUAGUAGAAAGGCUAUACUCUUACUGUAAAAAAAAAACAUGAAACAAUCACCACCACCAUUAUUACACUGUAACUUGUGUAGUAAGUUAUCACUAGAACUAUUUGCUAUGGGUAUUUUCCUCUAUUCUGUAACAUCCUUAACAGUGCCUUACUGUACAAGGCACUAAAGGAAGUAAAUAUAUAAUUGUGGAUUCCAGAUGAACUGUUGUCCCCCUUAAAUCUUUUGCUGGCUAUACUCCAUUACUUCAGAGCUGUGUUUAACAGCUCUGUAAGGAAAGUUUGGACCUGUAGAAACAACUAAGAGUCACUUGUUUGUAUUUCUUAAUUGACAAGCCUGAAUAAAAACAAUAUGUAACCAA